GCUAUGUAUUGCGAUAUAUGACCUUCUGCUUUCCUCACCAGCUCACCGAUGGCCCUCACUGACUCGGAUAGCUCCCCAGACGUUCAUAUAUCUAUGAGUUGUGGUUGGGUUCAAGUCUAACCUCUUUCCUCCUACCUUCUCGCGAGGGCUUGCCACGAUGGGUGCCGAAAAGAAAGAUGCUACUGCUUAUCACACGAGCAAAGACAAAUUCUCUGACGUCUCAGACCACGAUGCAGAGUCUAUUCAGGCUCUCCCACGGCACACCCUGCAACGUAAACUCGAGAAUCGUCAUAUCGCCAUGAUUAGUAUUGGUGGUGUCAUCGGCACUGGUCUUUUUGUUGGAACCGCAGACUCUCUAGUGUAUGGGGGCCCCAUCGGUCUGUUGCUCGGCUACAUGGUCAUGGGCACCAUCGUCUAUUGUGUCAUGAUCACUUUGGGAGAAAUGGUUGCUUUCCUGCCUAUACCUGGUGGUCACAUCAAACUGGCCGAGCGCUUCGUCGACCCUGCAUUCUCUUUUGCCAUGGGUUGGAAUUACUGGUAUAGCUGGAUGAUUUGCUGUGCGUCCCAUUCUUCCUCGUUCGUUUCUCGCAAUUGCUGACCUCUUACUUUUUAGCACCUUGUACUUGAGUUUAAUACAUUU